AAAUGAGAUGUCUUGUGAAGUCCAGCCGUCCUACAAACAGCCCGCUGGACUGGGUUCAGCCCCCCGGGGUUACAGGAAGUUGUAGCUGCCAUGUUUAGCUGCUUUGUUGUAGAUUCCUUGUAGGUUUCCUGCAGAUUUUAGCCUAAGUGUUGCAAUGGAACCGAGCUGGAGUACGUUUUUAUUCCAACAGGCCAACGAGGCUCUGCAUCACCAGCACCAAGUAGCCGGGAACAGCCUCUUGCCUUUGCUCAAUUCUGGAACAGAACCACCUGAUCAGAAACCAGUGCUGCCCAUCCCCUUGGACCAGAAACCCCCUGUCAGUGCUGCGGAACUCCUUAAAGACAAUGUGGCCAGUGGGACUGGGGGAGGAGGUGGUGGAGGGCCUCAGAUUGCUGUGGUCAAAAAGGAGCCUAAAUCAAAGACGCCCUUCAUCUGUGGCUACUGCAACAAGGCUUUCCGGGACAGCUACCACCUGCGGCGGCAUGAGUCUUGCCACACUGGCAUUAAGAUGGUUUCGCGGCCUAAGAAGACACAAACAGCCCCCACCAUGGUGCCACUCAUAUCCACUGUACCUCGUGAGAAUAGUGGAAACCCUUCAUAUAUUACUACUGUAGCUGGUAUCCUGACUACAGCCACCACGUCAACAUCCACAGGCACCAGUGUAAUGACCCCCAUGCAACAUCAACAGCAGCAGAGCAUCCCUAAGAAGCCUCCCAAGCCGGUGAAAAAGAAUCACGGCUGCGACAUGUGUGGUAAGGCCUUUAGAGAUGUGUAUCAUCUCAACCGCCACAAGCUGUCGCACUCUGAUGAGAAGCCGUUUGAGUGUCCCAUCUGCCAGCAGAGGUUCAAGAGGAAGGAUCGCAUGACAUACCAUGUCCGCUCCCAUGAUGGUGGAGUUCAUAAGCCUUACAUCUGCUCUGUCUGUGGGAAGGGCUUCUCCAGACCCGAUCACCUAAGCUGUCACGUCAAGCAUGUCCAUUCCUCAGAGAGGCCAUUCAAGUGCCAAGUAACGGCCUGUACCUCUGCCUUCGCUACCAAAGACCGUCUACGCUCCCACAUGAUCAGGCAUGAAGGCAAAGUCACCUGCAACAUCUGUGGCAAAAUGCUAAGUGCUGCCUACAUCACAAGUCACCUCAAGACGCAUGGCCAGGCCAGCUUCAGCAACCCAUGUAACAAUAAAGGCAUAAGUGACUGGCAGUGGAACCACUCAGGGCCACGAAAAGGUGAGUUGACGGUAGGAGAGAUUUUAAAUAACUCCUUCCAAGUCCUAAUUGACAACUCUCACAAAGAUGCCAACAAUGUGCACAACUCCGCCACUACAACGCCAGUCACUAACUCGGCAGCCAUCACCUCAGCUGUAAACCGCAGUGUCAGUGCCAGCAAUCCCGUCACCAUUGCUGCUCAGAUGAACAUCGCCACCAGCACGGUCAACAUCACAUCACCAGUCAACCUGCAGCACCCUGUCACCAUCACCGGCCCUGUGAACCUGGCCUCUGUCAACAUCCCUACAACAGCACAUAUGAAUAUCGCCCACCCAGUGGCUAUCACCACCCCCAUGCCCAUGAAUAUCACCGGGCCACUCAACAUUGCCAUGAGGCCCAUGGAGAGCAUGCCUUUUCUAUCCCAAGUUCUGCCUUCCUCACCUCCUUGGUAGAGCUUUUUUUGCCCAUGUAACUGCUGAGAAUGUUUUAACUGCCUAAUAAUGGAUGAGCCUGUCAAAGUUAGUAAAAUGGCUCUCUAAAUGGGUUGGUAGUGUAUUAAACUUGAAAAGGUGAUAACUUUCCAAAUAAUGUAAUACGUCCAUAUAGAUAGUAACCAAUGAUUGUUACUUGCUGGAGUCAUUAUGCCAUAAUUUGUCAAUCUUGAAUUAUAUCUGUAUUUAUAGGGGAAAAAAGGUUUCAGACACCCUUAAUCAUGAUAGAAAAUUAGUUGUUUUGCUUAAAGUAACUCAUUAGCCUACAAAUUGAACUGGAAAAGAUUUAUCGAUACUAGAUGGGAAUUCCCGUUUUUGGCUAACCUAACGAAUUAAAUACCUGACAAAUCACGAUACUUCAUCACAUUCAUGCAAAAAAUAUGUAAAUCCAAUGUUACCACUAAGCAGUCCUGCUCAUGGAUUUACAAAAAAAGAAGCAACAAACUUGAGGUCCACUUACUGACUUUUCUUGUAGUUAUCAACCACAUUUCAUGGUCCUCAUCAGUAUGUGUUUUGCUCACUUGUUAUAGAAUUUCGAUCAUGUGAUUUUUAAAUAUGGAACAGGCAAUUGUAAACCCUGUGUGUGUUUAUAAGAUGGUCUUUAGUACCGGAUGUGAUUGGCUUCCAGUCUCUGAUAUGCAGUUCAAAGAUCUGAAACAGGUAGUAAGUGGUCCUAAAGUCCAGAUUAUUUUGUCAAAGUACUAUUAACAAGGUCAAGAAUCAACUUUUUAUGCUCAGAUAAACUCGUAUUUGUUACCGCUU